AGGAUGACGGGCCAGGCCGCGGGGGGGGACAUCUCCCCCCACCACCUCUCGGUGAAGACCACCCUGGAGGCGGAGCCGGGGAGCGACGACAGGCCCCUCAGCAGGGUGUCCUCGGUGGGUGAUGACACCUCCUCCGAGCUCGAGAGGGUCGCUGACAUCGAACCAAGCCCCUCCAUCAGACUCGGAGCCCUAUCGAGGUUAGUGACUCUGGUGGUGACGCUGAGGGAGUGGGCUCACAAGAGUCUGAAGGAGGAGGAGGAGCGACCAGAUUCCUUCCUGGAGCGCUUCCGGGGCCCAGAGGUCCGGGUGGCGGCCAGCCCCAACCCCCAAACGGACGCCAACGGGAAGACAGAGGCAAAGAAGAAACCGAGGAAGACAUGGGCCGACAUGGUGGUGUCUCCCUCUGAUGACAGCUACUACCGCUGGCUGUUUGUGAUCGCUGCUGCCGUGCUCUACAACUGGGUCCUUGUCGUGGCGAGGGCCUGUUUCGACAAGCUGCAGCUGGAGAUGUACAUAUGCUGGCUGGUGCUGGACUACAUCUCAGACCUGGUGUAUCUCAUGGACACGUGUGUACGACUUCGCACAGGGUUCCUGGAGCAGGGGCUGCUGGUAAAGGACACGGCCAAGCUGAGGAAGAACUACGGCCGCACAUUCCAGUUCAAGCUGGACGUGCUGUCCAUCCUGCCCACAGACCUUGGCUACAUCGCCACGGGGAUACACACGCCGCAGCUCCGCUUCAACCGUCUGCUGCGCUUCCCGCGCAUGUUCGAGUUCUUCGACCGAACCGAGACCCGCACCAACUACCCAAACAUCUUCCGCAUCUGCAACCUGGUGCUCUACAUCCUCAUCAUCAUCCACUGGAACGCCUGCAUCUACUUCGCCAUCUCCAAGUCCCUGGGGUUCGGCUCCGACACCUGGGUGUACCCCGACAUGUCCGACCCGGUGUACGGCGCCCUGACACGGUGUUACGUCUACUGCCUGUACUGGUCCACCCUGACCCUCACCACCAUCGGGGAGAUGCCGGCGCCCGUGCGAGAUGAGGAGUACCUGUUUGUGGUCUUCGACUUCCUUGUUGGGGUGCUGAUCUUCGCCACGAUCGUGGGAAACGUGGGCUCCAUGAUCGCAAACAUGAAUGCCACGCGUGCCGAGUUUCAGGCCCGCAUCGACGCCAUCAAACACUACAUGCACUUCCGCAGAGUGAGCAAAGAACUGGAGGGCCGUGUCAUCAAGUGGUUUGACUACCUUUGGACCAAUAAGAAAGCGGUUGACGAACAGGAAGUGCUUAAGAACUUGCCCAACAAACUGAGGGCGGAGAUCGCCAUCAACGUGCAUCUUCUCACCCUGAAAAAGGUGCGGAUCUUUCAAGACUGUGAGGCAGGACUGCUGGUCGAGUUGGUGCUGAAGCUUCGCCCCCAGGUCUACAGUCCCGGAGACUACAUCUGCCGCAAGGGGGACAUCGGUAAGGAGAUGUACAUCAUCAAGGAGGGGAAGCUUGGCGUGGUGGCAGACGACGGCGUUACACAGUACGCCCUGCUCACCGCCGGCAGCUGCUUCGGCGAGAUCAGCAUCCUGAACAUCAAGGGCAGCAAGAUGGGGAACCGACGCACAGCGAACAUACGCAGCAUCGGCUACUCCGACCUCUUCUGCCUCAACAAGGAAGACCUGAUGGAGGCGGUGAUGGAGUACCCGGACGCCAAGAAGGUGCUGGAGGAGCGCGGUCGCGAGAUCCUCAUGAAGGAGGGUCUUCUGGACGAAGACGCGGACGGGCCGGGAGGGCUGGGCAAGGAGGAGACGGAGGAGAAGGUGGAGCGGCUGGAGUCGUCUCUGGACAUGCUGCAGACGCGCUUCUCCCGGCUGCUCAACGAGUACUCGGUGACGCAGCAGCGGCUGAAGCAGCGCAUCACCGUUCUGGAGAGCCAGCUGAACCAAGCGGCCGACGGCGACUCAGACAUGCUAGAAGAGGAAGCGGCCCUGGAAACGGACAGCCUGCUGGCGGCCCGCGGCUCAGCGGCCUCGGCACACGGUAAUCAUAUGCAAACAAAGGCCAGUGCCUAGAGGGAAAUCAUAGCGAUGAGGUCACAUUAACUCUGAAGCCUGGAAUCAGCCUGACGACAACACCUAGCGUGUGAGUGUUCUUCCUCAUUGCCUUGAUAAGAUCGUCUUUCACAAUGAAAUAGAUGUCGAUGAGUAGAUUGCCUUGCAACUUUAUUAGACAUUAUGAAGCUGCCAUUGUUCUGAUGCCGUGUCAUGGGGAAGUGAGGGCGUUGAGAGGGGAAGGAUAGAGAGGUCAGGUUGAGUGGCUAGGAUACAGGGCUCAGGUUGAGGAGGUAGGAUACAGGGUCAGGUUGAGGAGCUAGGAUACAUGGGGUCAGGUUGAGUGGCUAGGAUACAGGGCUCAGGCUGAGAGGCU